AUCGCAGUCAUUCUCCCAGAAUCACACCUCGGCGACCGAGCUUUCCCGAUAUGAAGCAGGGUCCUUUGGGCUAAAGAGAAAAAAAUAGAAAACAACACCAUUCGAUAUUUCUGAGACGCAAACCGCGGUAUCUAGGCGCAAGGCCCACUUGGGUCAGCCUUAGGCGAUAACUUGGUCCUUCUUGUUCGAAACAUGCUUGUUUCGCUUUCAUCUGAAGUUCCCCAGCACAGCUCGCAGCCUCGUCGCCCCCCGCGUCAACCACGUCCCAGCAUCCUGCAACCGACAAAGAUGGCGGACUCUCUGCUGGCUUUCUUCACCCUUAUGGAUAAUCAAGACGGGGUCAUCGUUAGAGAACCGCCCAAGUUUGAUCUCGACCUCUACAUUCAGAACUACAAAGGCCGUACGCGCUUCGACCGUCUCUUCCUUAUCGGACGCAGCUCGGUGCCGCUAUGUGUCGAUGCUCUGAAAGCAGCAAUCGCCGAAGCCAAGCGAGGCAAAGAUACGAACAGGUACAGGGAGGCAGUUGAGUGCCUGCGGAUUGCGGCGCCCUCGGAACCCGAGGCAACCUACGACCAGGCAUGGCUGGAGACACAGGAGGCGGCAAACAAGGCCGAGACGAACCGCUUGUUGACGGAGCUUAAAGGGUACAAGAACAAUUUGAUCAAGGAGAGCAUCAGGAUGGGCAAUGAGGACCUCGGCAAGCACCUAGAGAGCAUCGGAGACCUUAACGCGGCAGCCGAGACGUACGCUAAAAUGAGGCCGGACGUCAGUACCCCCAAGCAAUUCCUCGAUGUCGGCAAGCACCUGGUUCGCGUGUCAGUGCAGCGUCGUGAAUGGGGAAUGGUGAGCGCCCACCUCAGCAAGAUGGGGGGCGCCCACCAUGCCGAGGAGGAAAAAGCUGUUCAGCCGUACUUGAAGAUCGCCCACGGCAUUGCGCUUCUCGGGCAGGAAAAGUAUAGAGAGGCUGCCUUUAGCUUUCUCUCGGCCGAUUCCAGCAUCUCCGGUUCAACCUACAGCGAGCUCGCGAGCCAAAGCGACGUCGCGGUUUACGGCGGCCUCCUCGCCCUCGCAUCUAUGGACCGAAACGAGCUACAGAGCAAUGUGCUGGAUAACGCUCAGUUCCGAACCUUCCUCGAGCAAGCACCGCACAUCAGGCGUGCGGUUGCGCAGUUUGUGAGCGGCAGAUACUCGGCCUGCAUCGGCAUCCUCGAGUCGUAUCGUCCGGAUUACCUCCUCGAUAUCUACCUCCAGAAACAUAUCCCCAACAUCUAUUCCCAGAUCCGGAGCAAGUGCAUCAUUCAGUACCUGCUCCCAUUCUCGUGCGUCAGUCUCGAGACCAUGGAGAAGGCGUUUGGCCGACCUGACCAGCGCAUCGAGGAUGAGCUGGCCGAUAUGAUUCAAUCUGGCGCGCUGAGCGCUCGGAUUAACAUGGUUGACAGGCUUGUAACAACCAAGGCCGCGAAGCCGAGAGCGCAGAUGCAGGAUACGGCGCUCCAGGCAGCCGAGGAGUACGAGAGGCAGGCUCUCGAACGUCUCCGGCGGAUGGGCCUCGCUGCGGCAGACCUCGAGCUCAGGGGCAGUAAGAAAACGAGCCUCUUCCCCAGUGAAGGAGAGCUCAUGGUGGAGGAAACACUGGGCUGAACUUAUAUUGGCUGGCCAAGAGGGGGGAAAAAAAGGCGCGGUUCUAUCGGUUGCUCGUUAUUGCAUUACACAGGAGGCGAGGCGAGGCGCUUUCGGAGCACAGAGGCAGA